ACAGAUUUCAUCUUAUGUUCAUAACUAACUACCGGUAUCCAAUAAUCACACAAAGAACGGCUAGGGCAAAGAAAAGGAUGUGGACCUUUACAAGCCUUGGAGAAGGAUAGUUACUCUGAACGCUUCAGUGUAAGGCUCUUGUGCACGCAGCAUGCAGACGACCAUACUCUCUGUCAUUCCUCUUGCCUUGCUCCUCUUCAGCUUUGGGGUUGCAGUGGAGCCCACCUAUCCCGACAGGGAACUGCCAUUAUUGAAAGGCGAUCCUUAUGGUAGUAAUAAAGUCAAUGACGUGGUCCAGGCAGGGCAAUGCAAAAUGGGUCGGGAUGCCAACCAAUGCAUCUUGAAGCGACGGGACGCGAACAAAAAUGGCUGGGAAGUCUGUGAUAGGGACAAGCCGUGUACAAAGGAUGGAAAUCCAUGCAGUGUCCGAUAUAGAUUAGGGCUUGAUGGCAAGGCCCGUGUGAUCAAUGUGAAUUGUCACUUAUACUAGCGCAGGCCAGGUACCUAACCGGACAGGAGGGCCAAGUUUCCAUCGUUCAUGUUUGGAUUUGA